GAGGUUGAGCUUCAAGAGCUAUUGGAUUUCACGAGUCGUUUGAGGGCAGAGGCGCCAUCCCUAGUCGAAACGCCAUUUGCAAAUAAUCUACGAAAAAUUUGCAUCAAAUAUUUGGUAUUUCGACUUGCGAAUGAUCUGAUGAAGCGAUCGAAGGAUUUGGAUUUUUGUCCGUAUGACGAGUUUCAAAGGAUAACAAUGAAGGCAUUGAGCUGGACCAGCGACACAGAACAGAAGAACGCGUCUCGAGAGUUCAUGAAAUUUUAUCGCGAAGCGUAUGAAUCAUCGGAUAUGGCACAUUUGGUAUUUGACGAUUUCCACUGCAUGAAUUUCUUGUCCUGA